UUACGCACCGUUAGCACAUUGUUUUGAGCAGUCACUUGAGCGUGACGAGGGCUCAGUGGUAAUUUCAAGGACAUCGACCUAUCUCGACGUCACGGUCCUUCUGUUUCCCAUUCAUAACGCGGCUCGAACACGGAAUAUGUCGAAGUAACAUGCAAAGGGGGCGCCUGUCCCUUUAAGCGUUAUGUAGCCGGGCUGGUCAAUGGAGGGCGAGCGACCGUACGCGUUCCUGCCUGAGCUCCGGCUGCCAUCCCCAUCAUGGCCUCCGCACCGACACCGCCGACUCCGCCGCAACCGAGGAUGAAGCGACCAGCCAGCGGCCCUUGCCUUCCCGACGCGGAGACGGACGCGAAGCCGAAGCAGAGGCACCGGUAGAGGCGAGCCGCGCCGGGGAGAGCCGCCUCACACAGCCGAUGCCACCCCGGUCUCCCCCGUGCCUUGUACGGCUACAAGAUAAAGGAGGGUGCGAACCCGGGCGGUGGCAUAAACAUGUCAACAAACAGGGAUUAUUCUGUUAAUCUAUCGGUGCAGCAAGUGCUGAGUCUUUGGGUGCAAGGGACGACGUUGCAGCACUUCACAGAGAUGUGGUACUGGGUGUUCCUGUGGUGUCUCUUCUCCUCACUCUUCGUCCACGGGGCGGUGGGGCUGCUCAUGUUUGUCAUGCUGCAACGCCACAAGCGGGGUCGUCUCAUCACCGUCGUGCUGGUCAGCGUGGGUUUCCUAGCUUCCCUCUCUGGAGGCGUCAUCACCAGCGCAGCAAUAGCGGGCGUGUACCGCGUGGCAGGGAAGGACAUGGCACCGCUGGAGGCUCUGCUUCUUGGUGUGGGCCAAACCAGCCUCUCCGUCGUCAUAUCCUUCUCACGCAUCCUGGCCACACUAUGAAAUGAAGGUAAUCCUUGAAGGACACAGACUGGAUGAAUGGCAUUCAAUCAGAGAUUUUGAACGGCACUCAAAUUGGCCUCUGGACCUUUGGGACUGGGUCCAAAAGUCUUAGUUCUGUUACUGCCACAGUUGCGAGAGCAGCACCUUCUUUGCAGAUUCAGAGGGAACUCAAUUCCGCGCAAGCUGCGCCGGGCAAACUCACCGCCAUCCUCAGCUUCUGGACUGAAAGCCAUGUUGGGGGUGUUUCCAGAGGUAACUCUGUGCCAACAGUAUUCUCUGGGAUGUCCAGCAUGCCUUUUGUGGACACUGACCCUCGAAGGGUAUUCCUAAUUAGGGAAUCAUGGGACAUUUUUAAAGCAUAAAACUACUGUGGGAUCCUUUUUUUAGACUCCACUUGAGAACAAACGCUGAGCACUGAUUACCCUACAGUUUUUAUCAACUAUACAAUAUUAAUAAUCACACCGGGGUUUUAUGCCACAGCGCACAGAUUCUCAUUCUUUUCCAUACACAGCUUCAAUGCUGGAUUAUCCAAUUUCAGCUCACAGGAGUGUAAGCGAAGUGAAUUCAGCAAACAUGAAACAAGUAUCAGUGCCAAAAACUGCUUGGGAGUAAAAAUUGGCUGAAAGUAAUCCUAAUUUACUUUCAUGAAAAUGGGAGCAUUGCUACAACUGUUUGCUCUUCACUUUAAAGCCCACAUUACUGUGGAUUUAUUGCUUUUGAUUGAUUGAUUGAUUUAUUACUACAAUGUCAACCUUUGAAUAAAACAAUGAACUGGCUGCCUGAGCUCUUGGUAGGGAUGUCCCGAUCCGAUCCGAUCACGUGAUCGAAAAUCGAGGUCGAUCACGUGAUUUCAGCUGAUUGAGAUCAGGUAAAAAAAUAAAAAAUAAAAAAAAAAGAACAAUUCACUUUCUGCCAUUUUAAAUGUCACAAAGUGACAAAAUAAUCAAGGUGCAAAGAUCUUGCCAAAUGGAACAGUAAUAGCUUCAUUUUAUAUUACACCAACCAAGUGUGAAUUAUUUUGUGACAAGCAAGCUUGUGCAGCUUUGUAGCUGCGUGGACCGUCGUUAUAACCUUAAGACACACGCUGAACUAAAAAAAUAAUGUAAAUUGUUAACCAUGCGCUCAGAGCAAUCUCCCAUACUAUGUUAAAGCUUCUAUGAUGCCAUUCCACUGAUUUGGUGCUAUUUGCAUCCCAGGAAACAAAAUGUAGAAAUGCCCCAUGAAAAUAUUAUUAAGCAUCCUGCACACUCAUCUGUAAUUUGCUUAGUGUUAACAUUCUAUUAGCAUAAAUGUCAUCUGGCUAUAUUUCAUGUAUUUGCUAAUAUUAUGUUAAAAACCCUCUCCUGUUUAUAAAAAAAAAUAAAAAUUCAUAUUUCAGUUGCCUGAGUUGGACCAAUACAAAUUUUGAGUAGUUCAAUAUUUGUACAGUGUGCAUGUUUGUGAAUGGCCCAUAUAAUAUAUUUAUGUUCUUGGUGUGUGUGUGUGUGUGUGUGUAUAUAUACACACACACACACACACACACACAUAUAUAUUUAUAUAUAUAUAUAUAUUUGUGUGUAUAUGUAUACAUAACUAUAUACAUACACAUAUGUACGUAUAUUGAGAAAAUCUGGAUACAUGCUCUUUAGUGCAUUGUCAAGGUAUCGGAUCGGGAGUUGGUAUUGGCAGAUGCUUAAAAUCAAAAAAACUGACUCGGGUGCAAAAAAAAUGUGCUUGGGACAUCCCUAGCUCUUGGUCAUACAAAUGGGCUCAAUUAACUAUUCAUGUCCUACAAAAAUGGAAACAUCUUGAGUUGGAACGUUGGAAACUCUCCAUGGGAAUAAACCAGCAAUUUACAAAUUUGAAGGUUGGAGUUUAACAGUAAAUUUAAAUAUAGUUGGGGUAAAUACUGCAUAUUUUAGCAUCAUCCUGACUAAAACGAUCAGAUUUCAUGCAAAUACAGUGGUACCUUGACUUACAAGUGCUCCAACUUAAAAUGUUUUCAAGUUAUGGGUCCUGGUUUGAUCGAUUUUUGGAAAAGAAAGGUAUCAAAUUUGCAUGGAUAUAUGCUCAUGACAAAACAAGAUGUUUAUAUUUAUGCUCGAAUGUGGUACCUUCCCAUUAAAUUACCAGUUAAUUCCCAUGGAACUUUUAAAAAAUUCCCAAGCUUAGAUUGCCAUGGAAGUUUAAUAGACAUUUUCUCCCCCUUUUCAACCCUAAAUACAUCAUUAUUUUUUUGUAUUUAAAAAACCCAUGUCCCUUAAGUUCGAAAGGUUUCAUUUUGUCAAGUCUGAAUAAGCUAGCGCUUCAUAAUUAACUCCAGACCAGUAGGUGGCAACGUGGUCCCACAACACUGUCAAAGAAGCAUGCUAAUUCCUUAGCAUUAGUGGAAGUGGGAAAAAAAUUACAAACUAAUUUCAAAGCAGGUUCAUGGCCACUUGCUGCUGCUUCUUGACAGCAAAAGUUUUUUCAAGGUAAGAUGAAUUAACGCGAGCUUGUUCAGGUGCUUACAAGUGGAGUCUUUAGCUUUGCAUUUUGCACUGAGUUUACGCUUACUUUGUUUUAGCGUGGAAUGGUGCAACUCUGGCGUGACUCAUUACACCAAAAUGAGUGAUUACAUUCUUUUUAAUAUAUUUUUUUUUUGUCUGACACGCUUGUAGUAAUGAUAAUUGUUUCCGUGAAGUUGGCGAUACACCAGUUUGCAUCAGUGGUUUAAAAAAAAAAAAAUGGAAAAAACAUGGUAACUGGUUUCUUAAUUUAAUGCUGGCCGAAAAUUAAAACAACACAUGGCACCAAACCCAAAAGUAAGAAGUAGAUGGGUAAUUAUGCCAAAGUAUCACUAAUAUACUAGCUUUAUUUGUCUUAUCUCAGUGUAGUGAAUUUUUUUGAAUGCAUUGCUGCUUCCAGAUUGGUGGUUAAAGGUCAUGGCUGCUAUGAACGAGUGUUUUUGAGGUUUUCUUUUUUGUGCCUUUCUCAAGGUAAACACCACCUUUUAGAGGAGUUAUGUAACUGACAUGGCUCACCUUCACUAGCAGUUUAGUCCACAAGAGGGCAUCGUUGUACUGAAUUAAAAGCUGUGAAGUAUGGUGACGACAAAUGAGACAUUUACUCCUUAAUUGUGUUAGCCACGAUGUUCAUCUCUAUAACUAGAAUUGGAAAGCCGACCUAAACCCACCAUUUUAAUCCACAUAACAAUGCCCUUUCUGUCUUAAUGUUUUCCCUCUUUUUCAGUUACCAAUGUUGAGUUGCUAGUGACUCACCUGCUGUGUUGGAAUUGAAUUUUGAAUUUAUUUAUUUUUGGUGCAAAUUUCCUCAUGUAUGUGUGAUUUUAAAGUUGCUGCUGCAGUGUGUGUGAUUUCUACCAACAGCAGUAAAUUCAUGUGCUGUGCUUUUAUCUUAUUAACAUUUUUAAAGCAGUAUUUCCCAA